CUCCAUGGGAUUGAACCCCAAACCCAACCCCGACUCUGUGUUGACAAAAGACCGAAUAUCUCUCUCUUUCUCUCUCUCAAGUCGCAACAUUAACAACAGAAGAAGGAUUGAAGCGAAGGAAUAGCGUAGAAGUUGAAGUAAGAAAUGGAAGAUAGUGUUAACAACAACAGCAUCAGCGCCAACAAUGUCGCCCAAGCCAUAGCCACUGCGCUUGAUUGGGCUUCUUCUCCCCAAGCUCGACAAAACGCCGUCGCUUUUCUCGACUCCAUCAAGGCAGGUGAUAUUCGGAUACUGGCAAACACAUCAUUCCUUCUGGUGAAAAAGAACUGGUCGUCUGAAAUCCGCUUACAUGCCUUUAAAAUGCUUCAGCAUUUGGUGCGCUUAAGGUGGGAGGAGUUAAGCCCUGCAGAGCACAAGAACUUUGCGAAUCUUUCCAUUGAUUUGAUGUCUGAGAUUGCAGACCCUUGUGAAAAUUGGGCUCUCAAGAGCCAGACAGCUGCCCUUGUUGCCGAGGUAGUUAGAAGAGAGGGUCUUAAUUUAUGGCAAGAAAUGCUUCCAUCUUUGAUUUCUCUAUCCAGCAAGGGUCCAAUAGAAGCUGAGUUGGUUGCAAUGAUGUUGCGGUGGCUUCCUGAAGACAUUACAGUUCACAAUGAAGACCUAGAAGGUGAUCGGCGAAGGCUACUUUUGCGUGGGCUAACUCAAUCGUUGCCUGAAAUUUUGCCACUAUUAUACACUUUACUAGAAAGGCACUUUACAGCUGCAUUGAGUGAAGCUGGUAGACAACAGAUGGAUAUAGCCAAACUGCAUGCUGCCACUGUAACAGCCACUCUAAAUGCAGUAAAUGCAUAUGCUGAGUGGGCUCCAGUGUCAGAUCUUGCCAAGUCUGGCAUCAUUCAUGGUUGUGGUGUACUACUAUCUGCUCCAGAUUUUCGUUUUCAUGCUUCAGAGUUUUUCAAAUUUGUCUCUCCAAGGAAGAGGCCUGUUGAUGCAUCUGCUUCAGAAUUUGACCAAGCUAUGAGCAGCAUCUUUCAAACAUUGAUGAAUGUAUCUAGAGAAUUUUUGUAUAGAUCUGGUUCAGGUGCUGUGUCCAUAGAUGAGGGUGAAUAUGAAUUUGCUGAAUACAUAUGUGAAAGUAUGGUGUCACUGGGUUCUUAUAACUUGCAAAGUAUUGCUGGUGAUAGCACCCUACUUCCGCUUUACCUUGAACAGAUGCUGGGAUUUUUCCAACAUUUCAAGUUUGCUAUUCAUUUUCAAGCCAUGAACUUCUGGCUGGUCCUAAUGAGGGAUUUAAUGUCAAAGCCAAAAAUUUCCACACAUGCAGCUGCUGAUAGUUCAGCUGUUAGUAGCAAAGGUUCUGGAGAGGUUGAAAAUGCAAGGAAAAAGACUCUAAGUUUUGUUAGUGAUGACUUCUGUGGUGCAAUUUUGGAUACAUCUUUCAUUCGCAUGCUCAAGAGAGAAAAAAUUCUGCAUGAGACUGCCAUUUCAUUAGGAGCAUUGGAGUUAUGGAGUGACAAUUUUGAGGGCAAGGGAACCUUCAGCCAGUAUCGCUCUAGACUGUUGGAGCUGAUUAGGUUUGUUUCUUCUUACAAACCCCUGAUAGCUGCUACCAAAGUUUCUGAAAAAAAUGAUACGAUCAUUAAAGGUCUCUUGCUUUCACCAGCACCAACUCAGGACUUAGCUGUGAUGGAAUGCAUGCAGUUGGCUUUAGAGAAUGUUGUAAAUGCAGUUUUUGAUGGAUCCAAUGACUUUGCCAAGGCAAACGCCGAAGUCCAGUUUGCAUUAUGCAGAACAUUUGAAGGUUUACUUCAACAAUUUAUUUCCUUAAAAUGGACGGAGCCUGCACUAGUUGAAGUACUUGUCCACUAUUUGGAUGCUAUGGGCCCCUUUUUGAAGUAUUUCCCAGAUGCAGUUGGCAGUGUUAUUAAUAAAUUAUUUGAACUUCUAACAUCUCUUCCCGUUGGAACCAAGGAUAUGUCAAUGCCUGGUGCACGGCAUGCAAGGCUGCAGACCUGUACAUCAUUUAUUAGGAUAGCAAAAACUGCUGACAAAAGCAUCUUGCCUCAUAUGAAGGGCAUUGCUGAUACAAUGGCAAGUUUGCAAAGGGAGGGGCGUUUACUCCAGGGAGAACAUAAUCUUUUAGGCGAAGCUUUUCUCGUUAUGGCUUCUUCUGCUGGGAUUCAACAGCAGCAAGACGUUUUAACAUGGUUACUAGAACCUUUGAGCCUUCAAUGGACACAAACGGAGUGGCAGGAUAAAUAUUUGUCAGGUCCACAUGGUUUGGUUCAGUUGUGCUCAGAAGGGCCUGUUAUGUGGUCUAUUUUUCAUACAGUGACAUUCUUUGAGAGGGCACUUAAGAGGAGUGGAUUGAAGAAAGCCAACUGGAAUUCAGAAAACAGCUCAACACCAAAUUCAACUCCUUUAAAUCCAAUGGCCUCUCACAUAUCAUGGAUGUUGACUCCUCUGUUGAAACUACUUCGUGGUAUACAUUCCCUUUGGUCUCCAUCUGUACAUCAAGCUUUACCUGGAGAGAUUAGAACUGCAAUGAUCAUGAAUGAUGUUGAGAGGUUCAGUCUUCUUGGAGAAGGGAACUCUAAAUUACCAAAGGGUUCAUUGACUGUCACUGAUGGAUCUAAGGUCAACAUGAAUAAAGAAGGAUAUGCUGAACCAAAUGAAUCAGAUAUACGAAACUGGUUUAAAGGCAUCAGAGACAGUGGGUAUAAUGUAUUGGGCUUGUCAGCAACCGUUGGGGAUUCAUUUUUCAAAUAUUUUGAUGCGCACUCUGUUGCUGUUGCCCUAAUGGAGAAUAUACAGUCAAUGGAGUUCAGGCAUAUAAGACAGCUUGUUCAUUCCACUUUGAUUCCGUUGGUUAAAUAUUGUCCCCUGGAUAUGUGGGAGAUUUGGCUGGAAAAGCUUCUACACCCAUUGUUUGUUCAUGUUCAGCAAGCUCUUAGCUGUUCAUGGUCUAGUCUUCUACAAGAUGGUAGAGCAAAGGUUCCAGAUGUUCAUGGCAUUCUUAGUGGAUCAGACUUGAAAGUGGAAGUGAUGGAGGAAACGAUUCUGAGGGAUCUCACACGUGAGAUGUGUUCACUCCUCUCUGUCAUUGCUUCUCCUCCCCUCAAUACUGGAAUCCCUUCUUUGGAACAGUCUGGGAAUGCUGGUCGAUUAGACAUGUCUUCGCGAAAAAGCUUGGAUACAGUUGCAUCAUGCUCUAUGGUUGGUUUCCUUCUAAAGCACGAAGGUGUAGCCCUUCCAACACUACGAAUGUGUUUAGAAGCUUUUACAUGGACGGAUGGUGAAGCUGUGACUAAAAUCUCUUCAUUUUGCUCUGUGUUGGUAGUUCUUGCAAUAGUAACGAAUCAUGCAGAACUCAUCGAAUAUGUUUCUAGAGAUCUUUUUACAUCCGUUAUUCAAGGUUUAUCCCUUGAAUCAAAUGCGAUAAUCAGUGCUGAUCUAGUUGGCAUUUGUCGUGAAAUAUUUGUGUAUCUUCAUGAUAGACACCCAGCUCCCAGGCAGGUUUUGAUGUCUCUCCCCAGUAUUACCCCUCAAGAUUUAGUUGCCUUUGAGGAAUCUUUAACGAAAACAUCUAGUCCAAAGGAACAAAAGCAGCAUAUGAGAAGCUUGCUUCAAUUAGCAACCGGUAACAAAUUGAAAGCACUAGCAGCACAGAAAAGUGUAAACAUCAUUACAAAUGUUUCAACGAGACCACGCAGCUCAGCUAAUGCUCCUGAGUCUAAAGUUGAUGAUGGGGACGUUGUGGGGUUGGCAGCCAUCAUGUGAUGAUAUUGUUUUGAGCUCAUGGAAGGUUUUGUGUACAGGAGUGAGCUCGCAUUGAUAAGAUUUUGGGUUUAUGAUUUAUUUACUAACAAAGGGUUCGAAAGCAUUUCUUUCCCCUGCAACAUCAACUAAGAAAUCGGGUGGGAGUACAAAGAUUUUGUCCUUUCUCUUUACUCAGCAGCUUGUGAAUCAGGUUUACUGCAUGCAAACUUUCCUUCAUUUCUAGUAUAUAUUACCUCUCUUCAGUCACCAUAACAGAAUCACAAUUGGCAGUUCAGACUUCUGUAUUUAGUUUUUGCCAGAAUUCAAAGUUCGGCUGCGAUUUAGUUGCGUUAUUUUAUUCCUCACUUUUGAAACACAAAUUGAGAACAGUGUUUGAAUGUGGAGUUAUUAGCCCCUCUAAAUGUAGAAUGAGAUCCACUUCAUUUUAUGGGAUCUACUUUAUGUAAGAGUAUAGUUGAUUAAUGUAUCUAGUAACAUUAAAUUUGUUAUUAAUUUUUAUCUUAUUUUUUUUACCAUA